AUGCCCGCCUCCCGCGCCAUGGAGAAUGCGAAGCAGACCAGCGAGACCGUCCUUUCUGACGCCUCCACUGCUAUGAAGUCUGCCGCCGAGAACCCCAAGCAGGCCACCACCGACUUCUUGCACUCGCCCUUCAUGCGAGGGGCCCUCCCCUUCGUCAAUGGCGGGAUAGCGGGCAUGACCGCCACGACCGUGAUCCAGCCAGUCGACAUGAUCAAGGUCCGACUACAGCUCGCCGGAGAGGGUGCAAAGACAGGCCCAAAGCCCACACCCGUGUCGGUGGUGAAGGAUAUUCUAGCCUCGGGGAAAGCUCGAGAUCUGUACACUGGCCUGAGUGCGGGUCUGCUCCGGCAAGCAGUCUACACCACGGCGCGCCUGGGUUUCUUCGAUACGUUUAUGAAGACUCUGUCGGCAUCAGCCGAGUCCAAGGGCACCAAAAUCGGGUUCAAGGAACGAGCGGGCGCUGGUUUGGCAGCUGGUGGUCUUGCGGCCAUGGUCGGAAAUCCUGCUGAUCUGGCUCUCAUCCGAAUGCAGUCCGAUGGUCUCAAGCCCGCAGCACAGCGUGAAAACUACAAAUCCGUUAUUGAUGCACUAGUCCGGAUAUCCAAGAAUGAGGGCAUAACACGACUAUGGGCUGGAUGUUACCCGACUGUCGUGCGAGCAAUGGCUCUCAAUUUCGGCCAGCUUGCCUUCUUCUCUGAGGCCAAGAACCAGCUCAAGACCAGCUCGCUAUCCCCUCGGACACAGACGCUCACUGCCUCGGCGGUUGCCGGGUUCUUUGCCAGUUUCUUUUCUCUCCCAUUCGACUUCGUCAAGACCAGGCUGCAAAAACAGACGAAGCGGCCGGAUGGAUCAUUGCCGUACCGGGGCAUGCUUGAUUGCUUUAAGAAGGUUGCAAAGGACGAGGGUCUCCUAAGAUUUUAUAGAGGGUUUGGGACAUACUAUGUCCGAAUUGCCCCGCAUGCAAUGAUCACCCUCAUCGUCGCCGAUUAUCUCGGGUUUAUCACGAAAUAA